AUGAAGACCCGGUUCAAUUCUUACGAUAUUACUUGCUCUAUAACUGAGCUGCAAAAGCUCAUUGGUAUGCGUGUAAAUCAAAUCUAUGACAUUGAUCAUCGAACAUAUUUAAUACGUCUUCAACGAAGUGAAGAAAAAUGUGUUCUUCUAUUAGAAUCUGGCAAUAGGUUUCAUACAACCGCAUUUGAAUGGCCAAAAAAUGUAGCACCUUCAGGAUUUUCAAUGAAGAUGCGUAAACAUUUGAAAAAUAAAAGGCUUGAAAGCCUAACUCAAAUAGGUGUAGAUAGAAUAGUUGAUUUACAAUUUGGAAGUGGUGAAGCAGCAUACCAUAUAAUUUUAGAACUGUAUGAUCGUGGUAACAUAGUUUUAACAGAUCAUGAAAUGAUUAUUUUAAAUAUUUUGAGGCCUCACACAGAAGGAGAUAAAAUUAGAUUUGCUGUUAAAGAGAAAUACCCUAUGGACCGUGCACAUACAAAUACAAUGCCACCAAUAGAAGAAAUUCAAGAACGUCUAAAGAAUGCAAAAGCAGGAGAAAAUUUGAAAAAAAUAUUGAAUCCACUUCUAGAGUUUGGUUCUGCUGUAAUUGAUCAUGUUUUAUUAAAACAUGGUUUUACACUUGGAUGUAAAAUUGGCAAAGAUUUUAAUGUUGCAGAACAUAUGUCAAAGUUACUUCUAGCAUUAGAAUGUGCAGAUCAAAUGAUGGACUUUGCCCAUAAAAAUGUGUCCAAAGGAUACAUUAUACAGAAAAAAGAAAUAAAGCCAACUACAGAUGGCAAAGAAGACUUUAUAUAUACCAAUGUUGAAUUUCAUCCUUUUUUAUUUGAGCAAUAUAAGGACUGUCCAUACAAAGAAUUUGAAUAUUUUGAUGUUGCAGUUGAUGAAUAUUUUUCUACAAUGGAAGGACAGAAACUGGAUUUGAAAGCUUUGCAACAAGAACGCGAGGCUCUUAAAAAAUUAGAAAAUGUGAAAAAAGAUCAUGAUCAGAGGCUAAUAUCACUAGAAAAAACACAAGAGUUAGAUAAACAGAAAGCAGAAUUGAUUUCCAGAAACCAAGUUUUGGUGGACAAUGCUAUAUUAGCCAUACAAAGUGCUCUUGCAAAUCAAAUGGCUUGGCCUGAUAUCAAAGUUCUAUUAAAAGAAGCAGAGAGCAGGGGUGAUCCUGUUGCAACUGCAGUUAAACAACUAAAGUUGGAAACAAAUCAUAUUUCUUUAUUGUUACAUGAUCCUUAUGAAGAUAGUGAUGAAGAAUCAGAAUUGAAACCUAUGUUAAUUGAUAUAGAUUUAGCACAUACAGCCUUUGGGAAUGCUAGGAAAUAUUAUAAUCAAAAAAGAUCAGCAGCUAAAAAACAGCAGAAAACGAUAGAAUCGCAAGAUAAAGCUUUAAAAUCGGCGGAAAAGAAAACAAAGCAAACAUUGAAAGAAGUGCAAGCUAUUCAUAGUAUUAAUAAACUAAGAAAAAUAUACUGGUUUGAAAAAUUUUAUUGGUUUAUUAGUUCUGAAAAUUAUCUUGUAAUUGGUGGAAGAGAUCAACAACAAAACGAAUUAAUCGUAAAGAGAUACCUUAAAGCUGGAGAUAUUUAUGUUCAUGCUGAUUUAACUGGUGCUAGCUCUGUAGUUAUUAAGAAUCCUAGCGGUAAUCCUAUACCUCCAAAAACUUUGGCUGAAGCAGGCACAAUGGCUGUUGCUUACAGUAUUGCAUGGGAUGCUAAAGUAGUAGCAGGAGCAUGGUGGGUAAAUAAUGAUCAAGUAUCAAAAACUGCUCCAACGGGUGAAUACCUUACUACUGGAUCCUUCAUGAUUCGUGGAAAGAAGAAUUAUCUACCACCAUGUCAAUUAGUUAUGGGAUUCGGAUUUUUGUUCCGUUUAGAAGAAAGUUCGAUUGAAAGACACAAAGAUGAGAGAAGAGUCAGAGUUAUAGAUGAUGAAAGUGAACAUACAGAUUCUGUUAUUGAAGAGGAUAGAGAAAUUGAAUUAAUAGAGGAUUCUGAAGAAGAUGAACAGGUUGAAAAUAAGGAUAAUCUGCAUCCUAUUCAGGAAGAAUCUAAAGCAGAUUUAAUCAUGGAAGAAAACAUUAAUCAAGAUACUAGCGAUGAGGAUGACAAUCCAUCUCAAUUUCCCGAUACACAAAUUAAAAUUGAUGUUUCUGGUUCAAAAGAAAUAGAUAAUACAUAUAUAAAACAUUGAACAAAAUUUAUAGAUGCGGAAGAUGUAAUUUAUUUAGGGGAUGAUAAACCUAUAGUGAUAAAUACUGCACCUAAAGAGAAGGGUUCCAAAGUUAAACCGAAGCCUCCUCCUACGAAGGAAAAUAAAGAAAAGACUGAACUCGAAACUAAAAAAAAUGAUCAAGUAGUUUUGAAACGAGGACAAAAAGGAAGGUUAAAGAAAAUGAAAGAAAAAUAUAAAGAUCAAGAUGAGGAAGAUAGAAAAUUAUCUAUGCAAGUUCUUCAAUCAGCAGGUGCUGCAAAAGAAGACAAAAGGAAACAUAAAAAUAAAGAUCCAUCUGGACCAAAGCAACAAACAAAGAAAAAGGGUACAAUAAAACCAGCUCCACCACAAAAUUCUCAAAUUGUAGAUAACAUUGACGAAGAAGACACGGGUCCAGGACCUGAAGUAGAUAUGCUAGAUCAGUUAACAGGAAAGCCUGUUAUAGAAGACGAAUUAUUAUUUGCUGUACCGGUGAUAGCACCCUAUAAUACUAUAUUAAAUUAUAAAUUUAAGGUAAAGCUGACACCAGGUACAGGUAAAAGAGGAAAAGCAGCUAAGACUGCUGUGGCAGUAUUUAUGAAAGAUAAGGAAAUCACUUCAAGAGAAAAAGACUUAUUAAAAGCCGUGAAAGAAGAAACAAUAGCUAGAAAUAUUCCUGGAAAGGUUAAGAUAAGUGCUCCACAAAUACAAAAGAUGAAAAAAUAA